GGGUAACUUGAACAUGGCGCCGCGAUGAUCUAACAGUCUCUAAGCGUCCUUCACAACAAUAGAAGCCUAUUUUUAUUACAAUACCACACUGAACCUAAUUUCAAAUAAAACAACUAAAACUCAAUGGAACCUAAGGUCCCCAUGCAACCAUUUGGCUCUACUGCAAGAAGAAACAAAGUAAAGAGACAUGAACGUAGCGCCAGCACCUCUGCCUCUACUUAUCGCACUCGACUGAUAACACCAAACACUGACUGGGUAGGCAGGGUAAACAAGUCCUUUUUAAUUUCUAAGUUAGACUACUGUCAUAAUUUUAAGGGUUAUAAUUAUUAUUUUGGGUGCAUUAAACGGUUAUAAUUAAGGACGGAUGACACGGCGUCUUUUGUGUGUUUAUUAUAGUUGCAGAGAAUUAGGGUUUAGGUUAGUUUAGGUUGAGGGAUCCAUUUUCAUUUAGGCUUAGGGCCUAGGGUUCAGGUUAACCGUUAGGCAUAGUAUUAGGGAUCGAUUUAGGGUUCAGGUUAGGCAUAGGGAUCGAUUUAGAGAUAGAUUCGUGAAAUUCGAUAAAAUAGUGGCAUUCCUCCUUAAAAUGUACCCAUUAAACUAAUAUUUAAUUAUGUCAACAUUUUAUAACCAAAAAAAAUAAUAAAAAAUUUAAUAAAAAAUAAAUUAAUGAAUUAUAUUAUAAGUAGUCUAAAUUUUACUUUGUGCUCAUCUAUUUUAAUGACACAAAAUUGUAGGAAAAACAUUUUAUUACAUUUUUAGCUUGUUUAUCAAGUUAAAAAGUUUUUACCCUUCAAUUUUAUAAUGUAGAAUCAACUGAAAGCUUGUUAAAGACUAAAUAUCAUUGUUUGUGGUAUAAAUAUGUUUAUUGUCAGUAAAGACUAAGUAAAGCUUACAAUUACAGUAUAGUUUCUAGCUGCUUUCAUCUUCCCAUGGAAUAGCAGGUGUUGCUCUAUUGUAACAAUGGGCAUCAAGGACAUCAUUUGGGUAGGGCAGGGGGGCAUUUGGCGCGCCGCCCCCCCCCCCCCCCCCCCCCCCCCCCCCCCCCCCCCCCAAUUUGCAGUUUAAAAAAAAAAAAAAUUGCUAUGUUCUGUGGCGCCUCCAGUAAUUAACAGCUUAACAAGCCGACCAAGUUUUGGGUUUGCCCCCCAAGAAAAACCCUGAAAUGAUGCCCCUAAUGGGCAUAGUCUAUAGUAGCUGAUAUAUCAUUUUCAUCUUGCGGAACUGAUAUAACAGACAAGUCAUCAUCCUCAUCUAACCAUUCAGCACUUAAAAUAUAAGCAUUGUCGGUGUGAGCAAUAAUUGUCAUAAGCUAUCUCUAUCUCCUUGCAGCUACUCGCAUUGGUCGAAUCCUUUUUUGUUCAGGAGCAGGUGCUAAUUUAUUAUGCUCAAGAGGGUAUUGUCGGUGCUGUUGAACAUGCUUUUUCAACAUGACUUGUGAUGCAAAAUAGAUGUUACAGAUUUUGCAAAUCCAUUCAAGCAGCGAUGUUAUUAUUUUUACUCACUUUACUUUCCCCUUAAUAUUCUCAAAAUACAAAAUACUGUGUCCUACUCUAUCAAUAUCAUUUAUCUUGACUGCACAGGACACUUGAACCUUGUCCUUGUUCCAUACCUGCAACAGAAUUUACAGGGGAAAAGAGGCAACUUUUGAUUUUUUUUUGCACUAACAAAGUGUGCUAACAUUCUGACCAGCCAUCUGCAGUGCACAGCCGGACACACAUUAAAUAAAUCUUAUAUUGUUAAAGCCUAAAAAUUAUAUGACUAUUUACACUCAAUUACACUUAUACAUUUGUGAAAAUAAUGUAAUAAACAGUCAAUUUUUAACAUUAACAUUUUAAUAGUGAAAACAUGAUUCUUAACGUCAACUAAUCCCCCCCCCCCCCCACCCCCUUUGUCAACAACUGUCAAACAUAUCCAAACCCCCUCCCCCUAUUUUGUUGACAUAAUUAAUGGACGCCCCCUAUUAUUAUUUAUAAAAUAAAUUAUAUUUAUUAUAUUUUAUCAAUGACCUAGGUUUUUAUCUAUAAAUACGGCUAAACAUAGUUUAGAGGGACAUAACAAGGGUAGCUCGUGAGAAUUUACAAAUAAUGUUUCAAUAAUUUCUUAUCCUACUUGUUUUGUUUCAAAUUGUUGUUUCUGCAUUAAUUUAACUAAAAUAUAUAUGAUAUAAACUAAGAAGUUCCUAUCUUAUUUGUUUUCAGGUUUGUAAGGAGGACAAAUGUUCGUCAUUGAGAGAAACAGACAUUUUUGGCAGAGCAAAAUAUACAGAAAAAAUAAAUUUGCAGUGGGACCCAAUUGUUACAUUAGGACCUAAGGCAGCCUUUCACGUUAGCAGUGUUAUAGAUAAUACUCUUUAUAUUCAUGGAGGAAUGCAAGAUGUGAGUUCUAAAUUUCCGUCUAACCAAUUUUUCAAGCUGAAUCUGACAUCCACUGUAUGGGAACAGAUCCGAACUCCAGGCUCCCCAGCCUUAAGCCACCAUGCAGCAGUGGUUUUAGAGAAUAGAUACAUGGUGUUGAUUGGUGGAUGGGACGGGAGGAAGAGGGUAGCUAAUUUACAUGCAUAUGACACACAAAUGAAUCAGUGGCUUAAGCUGGAACAUUCUGGAUUUCCUGAUGGUGCAGGCUUGAGCUCCCACACAGCAACGGUUAGGAUAGAUGGAAACAUCAUAAUCGUUGGAAGGGAAGGAAGUUUACGUAUUCAGCGCAAGCACGGAUGUGUUUACAUAUUAAUAGGGAAUGUGCUUGAUGGAAUGUUUACUUACCAUGAAUGUUCAGACAAUGUUGUUUCUAGAUCCGGACACACAACUGAUCUCAUUGGUAAAAACAUUUAUAUUGUUGGAGGGAGAAGUGAUAGUUUGCUGGAAAAAGUGGUUGGAAUCGAUAAGAGAAAUCAUAAUGAAUGCAGUCCAUUAACAAAAAUCCAUGAGCAUUUAAAGAAUUUCCAAAGUCCCAUGCUCAAAUUUCCUUGCGGGAGGAGGCAUCACAUUUCUGCAGUUGGGUCCAAUUGUAUUUUAAUUCAUGGAGGAGAAACUUUUGAUGGGAAAAGCCAUGAUCCUGUUGGGGAUAUGUUUAUGAUAUCCCUGAAGCCGUUAACAAAUUUCUACCAGCUGGACUGUUCAUCUCUUCAAAGAGCUGGCCAUACUGCUAUAGUUACAUCUGAAAGGGUUUUAGUCCAUGGCGGAAGAAGUGGGAAGUCAACAAUUCAUUCAGAUUUGAGGGAGCUAAAGUUGGUCUGAGAUCAUAAUGGGGAAACUAUCUUUGACAUAUUUGACAGAUAUGGACUAAUUGACUUUACUUUACUUCCAAUCAAUAUGAUUUUUACAGUUUCAUUAAGAGAUAUGAAUUCAUUGCUGUAUUUAAAAAAAAACUUAUUAUAAUUAUGACUAAAUGCUUACUUUGCAAAUAAUUGAUCUUAUUAUCAUUUUCGCGCAUAAAAAAAUCAGUAUUAUUUUUAUUUAAAAAUAUUUGUAUUAAAAAUAAUAAUACACAUUUUAAAUAAUUUUUUAUUAUGAUGGACAAACAUUCCUGCCUUGUUAAAUAGUUUCAACUUAUUCAACUUAUCAGUCUUAUAAUAAAGAAAAAUGAACUAAUACUGUACCGGUCAUCAAUGGCAACCAAAUUU